CAAAAGAAAUUAGCCGACGAGCGUCCACGGCAACCAACCCACCCUGGCCAAAUCUACCAUGAAAAGACUACAGCGCGAGAUGCAGCCGGCGAAGGUGAAGCCGGCGCCGGAGCCCAGGACCAAGGGCGCCGCGGCGCCUGCGCGGGCGCUGGCGGCGGAGGCCUUCACGGCGCGCGAGCUCGACGCGGCGGAGCAGCUCAUCCAUCUCAGCGAGAGCAGCGCGUCCUCGGGCACCACGCGCGCCCACCCCGUCGCCUACGCCGCGGCCUCGGGCGGCUCCUCCCGGCGCUCCGUCAACGGCCUGCAGGCGCCGGCGUCGGGCGCGGUUUUCCUUGGCGGUUGCGCGAACCGGGAGGAAGAUGAGGAGCAGGAGGUGGCCGGGAGCCAGCGGAGGGGGAAGCGGUACCGCCUGAUCGCCGAGAUCUACGCCGCGACGGAGGAAAUCGGAGGCCGCAGCGGCCGGAAGAACAGAAAGGAUUAGGCGACGAGGUGGAGGGAGGAGAGGAGAGACGAGAGGGAUCUUCUUGUAAUUAGCGUAAUUGCUGGGGGGUAGCUGGUAGUUCGUGCUCGCAGUCCUCCCCUUCCUCGCCGGAGAGGAAUCGCCAUCGAUCUACUGUAAAUUAAAGCUUCAUCUUUGCAAUAAGACGUACUAAUUGGUU